CUCAAACGGAACGUUCAAAAUUUUGCUCCUGUGAAUUUCGCGUUUAUUUCAUUUAUUCUUUAAAAUUAAAUUAUAAAAUUCAAUAGGUAAAUUACAAAAAAAUAGUGGGCUAUUUAAUAGAUCCAUCCUUUGAAUAUUAAAAUUUAAUAAGUGAAUUGGUGAAUUAAACAAAAUAAUAUAUUUAAAUUUGCAUAUAUAAAUUCAUAAACUUGAGUGAAAAUGGAAGACAAUUGUAGUGGUGACAAAUGCGACAAAAGAAUUAACCGGAAUGAUGAUUAUGUGUUAUGUAGCGGGAUGUGCGGGAAAAAAUUCCAUAUCAAAUGCGUUGAAUUAAGCAAAUUUGAUAUGACGCUACUAAAAAACAACGCAAGAAUCAAAUUCAUGUGCAUAGAUUGCCCAAAUAUUUUAUCUGCUCUCAGCAAACAAAUCGCCGAAAUCGCGAAAAAUAACAUUGAAUUAAAAAAAAUUGUGGAUGAAGCAAAAAAUAUAAGUGUACCAACACCAACACAACAAAAAGUCUCCUAUGCACAAACACUAAAAGAAAAUAGUGAAGUUAUAGUGGUUAAACCAAAAACAGAUCAAAACAAUGAAAAAACAAUAAACGAUUUAAAAAAUGUAAUAAAUCCACGGAACAUGAAAUUAAAAAUAAAUGAAGUCAAAAAUGUUCAAAACGGUGGUAUACUAAUUAAAUGUGAUAAAAAAUCGGUUAAAACCAUAGAAAAUGAAAUAAAAACAAACAUGAGUGAAUAUGUUGCAAAAAUUCAAGAACAUCGAAAUCCGCGUAUUAAUAUUGUUGGAAUGAGCGAGACAAUUAGUGAAGAGGAUUUAGUUGAAGCAAUUAAAUGUCAAAACAUGAUCAAUGAUAGUGAUAUAAAAUGUGUCAAGAUAUAUUUAUCGCACAAAACAAAAAAAUAUAAUGCUAUUGUGGAAGUAAACAGUGUUACCAACACCAAUAUUAUGAACAUGGGUAAAUUAAAUAUUGGAUGGGAUAGAUGUCGUGUUUACCAAUAUAUAAGAGUAUUAAAAUGUUAUAAUUGUUGUGGCUAUAAUCAUAUCGCAAAAUACUGUAAUAAAAAUAAAAUAUGUAUGAAGUGUGCUGGAAAUCACGAUGUAAAAGAUUGUAAUAGUGAUAUUUAUAAAUGUGCUAAUUGUGUUUCUUUAAAUGAACAAACAAAUCUCCAGCUGGAUACACAUCAUGCAGCAUCUGACAAUAAUUGUCCAGUGUUUUUAAGAAAGCUAAAGGCUGUCGAAAAUCGAGAUAGUUUCUAGCAACUAGAAACUAUCAAGUGUUUUUUCUCAAAUAUCGAAGGUCUUUCAAACAACUUCACUAGUCUACAGAUAACUAUAAAUGAAUAUAACUUUGAUAUCCUAGUAUUAACAGAAACUCAUGUGACAAAAAACCAUAAUGUGGCUGAAAUCCAACUAGACGGUUAUUACAUGUUAAACUGUGAUAGUGAAUCCAGUCACACUGGUGGAUUAGUGUUUUAUGUUAAAAAAAUAUUUAAAUGCUCACUCGUCAAAAAAUAUGUUAUUGCGAUGAAUUUUUGGUGUCUUAUUAUUAAAGUGCAAUAUGAAAAUACAACUGUGAUAUACCUAAGUGCAAUAUAUAGAUCUCAUAUGUCUACAAAAAAUGCUUUCUGUGAUGAUUUAGAACAAUGGAUAGACUUUCUACAACAGUGUAAUAGUAACUAUAUAAUAAUGGGUGAUUUUAAUAUAGACUGGCUAGACCAAACAAAUACAUACACCAGACGUAUAAACCAAAUAAUAACAGACAAUAAUUUAACCAUGUUAAACACAGAACCAACAAGAAUUACACAAACAUCAAGGACUUUAAUAGAUUAUGUUUUAACUAAUAACAAAUACCUUUGUAGUGCUCAAAUAAAACAUACUCUAAAAAUUAGUGAUCACGAGGCUAUUGAAGUACUCAUUAAAUGUUCACGAAAAAAACAAAAUAAGAAAACUAUUAAAUAUUGUAAGUACAAUAAAGAACAUUUCAUAAAUGAACUUAGAAUAAACCCUUUUUUUUCCAAUUUCGACCCUAACAUUCCUUACAACGUAAAUGUGCUAAGCGACAAUUUUGCUAACGAAUUAAAAAAUUUAGUCGACAGUAUGGUUGUAACACGAGUGGUGCCAUAUGAAAACGGAGAAUGGUUUAAUAACACGUUAAGAAGUGCAAAAACACGUAAAGUAAACUUCUAUAAAACAGCGACUCUUUCAAAUUCACUCAGUGACUGGCAGAAUUAUCAUCAAUAUAGAAAUUAUUAUAAAAAGCAAAUUGAAACUGCAAAGUCUAAUUUUAUAUCUAAUAAAAUAAAUAGUGCAAAUAAUCAAAAAGAUAUGUGGAAACAAUUGAAAAAAUAUGUUCUCAAAACAAACAAAGAAGAAAUAACAGAAGUGCAAUUUGAAAACUGUGAUAUAGAAACUAAUAGUGCAAUAAUAGCUGAAAAACUGAAUAACUUUUUCAUUACGAGUGUAAAUGAUCUUACUAAUUCUGUGAUAUUUUCUGAUUAUAUAAGUCUAAUCCAAGAGUGCAAUAUAGAAUUUAAGUUUACUUCAAUUGAAAUCUGUGAUAUAAGCAAUACCUUAACUGUGAUAAAUCAAAAAAACGACUUUAAUUUUAUGAAUACUAAAAUGUUUAAAGAUGCUAUUGAAAUUGUUGGUCCUGUCCUUUUGCGUAUAAUAAAUACUUCAUUUAACUGUGGUGUCUUCCCCGAAUCUUGGAAACAAUCACUUAUCCUUCCAAAAAAGAAAAUUACAAGUGCAAUUAAAUGUAGUGAUCACCGUCCCAUAAAUAUGCUUCCAUUAUAUGAAAAAAUUAUAGAAAAAAUUGUAUCCAUUCAACUCCAAGAACACCUCGACAAUAAUAACAUCUUAAGUGUAUACCAAUCUGGCUUUCGUUCAAACCAUUCAUGUGAAACAUGUGUAAAUUUUGUAGUAAGUGACUGGAAAAGAGAAAUUGACUCAAAAAAUUGUGUUAUAGCUGUUUUCUUAGACCUUAAACGUGCUUUUGAAACAGUCAAUCAUUUUAUAUUAUUAAAUAAGCUAGAGAAAUAUGGUGUAAAAAAUACGGAACUCAAGUGGUUCAAAUCCUUUAUAUGCAAUCGAUCUCAAAAAACAACAGUCAACGAUAAAAUGUCAAACCCUGCAGUAGUGAAUAUAGGAGUUCCACAAGGAACAAUCCUAGGUGUCCUUCUCUUUCUGCUCUAUAUAAAUGACAUGGAAAAAGUGAUACAAUAUUCUAAACUAGUACUAUUUGCUGAUGACGGGUUGCUUUAUAUAUCAGGAAAUAAUCUAAAUCUAAUAAAAGAAAAUAUUGAAAAAGACUUAAGUGCAAUAUAUACAUGGCUAAAUAUGAAUAAACUUGUUCUCAACACCAAUAAAACAAAAUUUAUGAUACUAAAUAAUCCAUCACCUGAACUGCAAUUUAACAUACAAAUCAAUAAUACUAUAAUAGAACAAAUAACCUCAAUUAAAUAUCUUGGCAUUGUGUUAGAUAACAAAUUAUCAUUUAAUGAACACAUAGACCACAUAUGCAAAAAAGUGUCAAAAAAGUUAGGAGUCCUUAGAAGGACGCGUAAAAAUAUUUCUAAAAAUAGUGCAAUAAAAGUGUUUAAUGUAACUGUCAAGCCCCAUUUUGAAUAUUGUGCAAGUCUUCUCUAUUUGUGUAACAUAACCCAAAAAACUAGACUGCAAAAAUUGCAAAACAAAGCCAUGCGAACAAUACUAAAAUGUGAUCGAUAUAGCUCAAUAACUUCAAUGCUUGAAUCAUUAAAUUGGCUAAAUAUCAACCAAAGACUUUAUAUGAUGGCAAUGGUGUUUGUAUUCAAAAUAAAACACAAUCUUUGCCCAGAAUACCUACAAUCCAGUCUACCUACAAGAAGAGUAAUACCAUAUAACCUAAGAAAUGUUGAAGAGUUCAAUAUUAUCCGGACCAGAACUAGUAGAGCACAAGCCAGCAUACUCUACAUGGGAUUACAAGCCUUUAACUAUCUUCCAAUCAACAUUAGAAACAUCAACAAUUUGAAUCAAUUUAAAAAUCAAAUAUUU